AUGAAGCCACCCCACAGGCCCAGGAACUCUUCGUCCUCCAGGCAGCCACCUGAGAAGAAGGCACCAUCGUCCUCAGGGCAGGAGGUAAAGCAGCCUCCUGUCAUCAUGGCCAUGCUCAAAGGUCCUGGGCCUGCCAAGUACUGCCGGCCAUCCUGCACUGGCUACCUCAACCACGACAUCUCCAUGUUCCAGGAGCCAGCCUACACCCUGCACCCCCGGCCCGCGGAGAAGCGGACUACCAGUGUGUCCAACCCCAAGUUUUGUUAUUUAUUGGAUCCUAAAGUGACCAGGUUUGGAAUGUCUGGUGACCCAAAGUUCACCAUGGAGGAGCGCAUAGCCAACCUGCGCCUGAGCCCCACCUUAGCCCCUGGCCAUUACUCUCCUGAGAAGGUCCCCCCUCCGGGGGAACGCAGGGCUCCUCAGUACACCUUCAGCGACCGGUACCCAUACAGAGUGAUGGACCCCAAUCCAGCCCCCAACCAAUACGAGCUGCCCCUUGUCCUGGGGCCCAAGACCCCCACCAGGCGAGCUGCCCCCUGCUAUAGUCUGGCCUCCCAGGACAAGAACUGGUUCUACAAGGAGAAUGUGGCGGGUGGCCCAGGUCCAGCCACUCACACCCGGCCUGAGCCUUCAGUCUAUCAGCACCGCAGCCCCGCCUACAGCAUGGCCAGGCGCUUCACCUACCCUGUGGACCACACAUUGCGACCCAGCCCCGGGUCCCAUGAUGUCCAGCAGGUCACUGUGCACAAGCCCCACAUACCUGCUUUCACCAUGGGCAUCAAACACUCGCCCUAUCUGUGCCCACUGGUGGUUCACAUUCGCGACUGA